GAGCCAAUCCAUCAAUACCCCGCAACGGACGCUGCAGUGAAACGCUCCUUACUCAUCGCCCUGACGCAGCCUGCAGCAAUUAGCAGGGGUCGAGACUACAAAUAACCCGGCUAGACUCUGAAUAAACUGGCUAGACUCUCCUCAGCAUCCUUGCAUAGCGCCGAAGCAGCAUGGCUGGCUCUUUCCAUCAGGCGAUCCUACACUACGAUAAGCCCGACCCCGCAGGAUAGAUUAACUACCCUUGUACCGAACCCCUUCGUCCAGCCAGGGGACGUUGAUCUCGGCUCUUCCUGCCGACAUGAUAAGCAAACGGUGAUAGCUUUCACUAGCUGCAGCUGGCAUGGUACGGUGGCAUCGCAACGCUGCAGGCUGCAGGUGGACGCAGCGUGCGGGGAACGCGCUGUGAUAAGAGUAAUAUAAUCCGGCUGCCGUCCCUCCACUGCCCUCACGGACUCACACAUACACAAACCACCUACCUUCAAAUUACCCUCACGCACAAUGCGGCCUCUACUCCCGCACUUCGCGGCGACCCUGGCCCUCCUGGCCACAGUGCCCAGUACCACCGCGUCCAUCGAGCGCAGCAACCUCCUCCCGACGCCCCCCAUGGGCUUCAACAACUGGUCGCGCUUCAUGUGCGACCUGAACGAAACGCUCUUCACAAGCACCGCCGACGCAAUGCUCAAGACCGGCCUCCAAGCCGCAGGGUACACGCGCCUGAACCUCGACGACUGCUGGAUGGCGACGCAGCGCCUGCCAAACGGUAGUCUAACCUGGAACGCGACGAAGUUCCCACACGGACUCCCCUGGCUGUCCUCCCACCUACGCUCCCUGAACUUCACACUGGGAAUCUACCAAGACGCCGGCAACAUGACCUGCGGCGGAUACCCGGGGUCGUACGGCCACGAAGCCAUCGACGCGGCAACAUUCACCUCCUGGGGCAUCGACUAUCUCAAGCUGGACGGAUGCAACGUGUUCCCCUCGGCGCCGCACCGCACCCUCGAGCAGGAAUACCGCGCACGCUACGCGCUAUGGCACCAGAUACUGUCGUCGCAGUCCCACCCGCUCAUCUUCUCCGAGUCCGCGCCCGCGUACUUCGCCGCCACGGGUAAUAACACUGCGUGGUAUGAAGUGAUGGACUGGGUGCCGCGGUACGGGGAGCUGGCGCGGCAUUCGACUGAUAUCCUUGUCUAUGUUGGCGAGGGUAGUGCCUGGGACAGUAUCAUGGUGAACUACGGGUUCAACGUGCUCUUGGCGCGGUACCAGCGUCCCGGGUAUUUCAAUGAUCCGGACUUUCUGAUCCCGGAUCACCCCGGUUUGACGCUCCUUGAGAAGAAGUCGCAGUUCGCCCUGUGGGCGGCUAUGGGUGCUCCGCUGAUUAUCAGUGCGUAUAUCCCCGCUCUCCCGGCCGAGGUGCUCGAUGCAUUGAGGAACCCACGCUUGAUUGCUGUUGAUCAGGAUCCCUUGGGCUUGCAGGCUACCCUGGCCAGUCGGAGUGCCGGGGUGGAUGUGCUGACGCGCAGUCUGGCGAAUGGGGAUCGGUUGGUUGCGGUGCUGAAUAAGAGGAAUCAGACGGUCAGCACGGAGGUAAGCGUGGACAGGCUGGGGUUGGAUGCGCGGUGUGCGUAUCGCGCCCAAGAUCUGUGGGAUGGCGACGUGCGCACGGUGCAGGCGGCAGUGGCGCUGGAGCUGGAGUCGCAUGCCACUGCUGUGUUUAGGGUUGCUAUCCCCCCCGGGUGCGGGGAGGUCGUGCCCACCGGCAUCGUGUUCAAUACCGCGUCCGGGCGGUGCUUGACGGCCGGCGGCGCGGAGGUCGGGUUCGCGACGUGCGAUGCCAGCGACGGGCAGAUCUGGCGGGUCACGGCCGCGGGGACGCUGCAACCGCUGUCGAGUCCGGGGCUGUGCUUGACGGCUGAGGCCGGGAGGGUCAGUCUGCUGGCUUGUCGUGGUGGUGAUGCGCAGGCCUGGUCGUAUGCCGUCACUGGGAAUCUGAAGAACAGGCGGACGGGCGAGUGCUUGACGGAGGGUUCUGGCCUGCUGAGUGCUUGUUUAUUCGAGACGAAUAGCCAGGUCUUUGGACUGCCUAGUGGAGUGGCGCUUGUUUAGAAAGGUCGAGGGUCGGGCUUGGAUCGUCCGGAGGCAGCGGGACGGAAACGCUUGAGAAUAGGGGUUUAUGGGGUUCGGGGAUGCCUAUGGGGAAUACCGUUGUUGAGGAGUGGUGAGAAAUAGAACUAAGGCAUUCCAGCGUGUUUCUCUGCAUGAUCCAAGCAAGUAAGUAAG